UCUCUUUAUUAUUGUAUUUAUUAUAGCCAUGUUUACUCCGUGAGCUUCAUGCAAGCAAGGGAUGUCAUUGCACACUGCUGUAAAUGACAAUAAACUAACCGAAUCUUAUGGCAAACAGUAAAAGCUUAAAAUAGCUGGCUGGUCAGGCAGCAUCUGUGGUUGCAGUGACAAGUUCUUUUGGAAUCAAUACCUGUGACUGAUGAUACUACAAUUAAAUUUUGAUGGAUUAAAACUACUGUCUCAGCAAGUUAUUAAAUGUGGGAAGAGAGAAUAUUCUGUCAUCUCAGUUCCAGUGCCCAGAGGUGAUGAAGAGCCCUUUGAAGCGGGGCAAGGGCUGAGUGCUGUUCCCGAGUCGGUGAUUCCUCCUGAUGCUGUAAACAGGAGCGCGCUCUCCUCGUAGUUGUGGGAGGAGGCGAUUCCUUCUCCUCGGCUUCUGCAGCAGUUCGGGGAUCGGGUUCCAACGGAAACACACAACACACAGUCACAGCCUGCACAAAGAGAGACAAAAAUCAGCCAAGGAAAGAGAGGUGGGGGGUGGUUGCUGGAAAGAGAGAAUACAUUAAAGAUGACAACAAGCCAGACCAAGAAUUCUCCCGGCAGCAACUGAAGGUUUGGGUUGGCAAGAUAUGUAGAAAACAACGCUUUCUCUCUCUCUCUCUCUCUCUCUCUCUCUCUCUCUCUCUCUCUCUGAGCAAUAGAGAGGGGAAAGUAAAUAUAAGGAGGAGGUGGCUCGAAUCAGAAGCUGUCUGCGAACCGACGGACUGACCGAAGACUGAAAUAGAUCGAGAUUAAACAAGCGCCUGUUGCUUCCUCCUUUCCACCGCCCUGCCUUUCAGAUGCAAAGAUGCUGCGCUGUUUAUAGGGGCGACUUGGCUCUCCAGAGCUGGCGACCACAGAAAAAAGACAUUAUUCUGACAAAUCCAAACACAAGAGGUUCUGCAGAUGCUGGAAAUCCAGAGCAACACACACAGAAUGCUGGAGGAACUCAGCAGAUAGAACUGACCACUUGAUGGAAGUUAUACAGCGAUGAAUGGAACCCUUUUCAGAAGAGCAUAAGAUUUAGAAGUGCACAGUGGAUUCGCUUUUCCAUUCUCUACACCAGCUCUGCUUCUUGCUUGAUUGCAGCUGCGGUUCCCAGAGGUGCCACAGAGUGUGGGCUCCGUCGUGGAUUGGAGGAUUUCCAGGAUUAUGCCGGUGCCCCGGAAUGGAGCUGAGGAUCCUGCUCCUGCGGCACUCUGUCGCCAUGUGGCUGCUCCUACAAAGUUUUGUCCUGAUGAUCUUCUGCUUUAACUCAGCAACGACGUGUCCGAAAGGCUGUUACUGCUCGGACCCGGACAAGAAACUGACCGUCCGCUGCAGCGACAUGCACCUGAAGGAGGUCCCCAGGGACAUUCCAAACAACACUCGGAAGCUCUACCUUGAUUCCAAUCAAAUAACUUCCAUUCCGCAUGAGGUCUUCAAGAACCUGCACGAGCUGGAAGAACUGGACCUGUCCAAUAAUGCCAUUCAGCACUUGGAGUUGGGCGCCUUCCGAGGGCUAAACGAAAGCCUGAAGUUUCUGAACCUCUCCCACAAUAAACUGGUGACUGUCAACAAAGAGGUCUUCAGCAAACUGAAAGCAGUUAUUAAACUUUCGGACAACCCCUGGUUUUGUAACUGUGACCUGCAGGAAAUGAUCAAGACAGUUACUGUCAAGGUUGAGUCCACCAAUGACAUCAUCUGUGCAUCUGCUUACCCAGAGGAACACACAAAGAAAUCCUUCUUGGAGGUCGCCCACCAUGUCAACUUCUGUAACUUUCAGAAAAAGACGACCGACGUGGCAAUGCUGAUCACCAUGUUUGGCUGGUUCACCAUGGUCAUCUCUUAUUUGGUGUACUACGUCAGGCAGAACCAGGAAGAUGCCAGGCGCCACCUUGAGUACCUGAAGUCGCUUCCCAGUAAGCAGAGGAAGUCAGAGGCAUCCUCCACUAUCAGCACAGUGGUGUAACAAUGUACUUCCAAUCCUUGCCACUGAGGUGUGUGGGGUGGGGGAAUGGUGGGGAGGAGGUGAAGGUGACAUAAAAACACAACUAUCUAUUGGCUCAUGAUCCAUGACACUGGAACGGUGGAAUGGGGAAGAUCAGUUCUUCUAGACCAGUGGAUCAUAACUCUGGCCUCUUCUCCUGAUCUACCAAACUGAAUCAUUUAAAAAUUAGUUGCCAAAACCAAAUAAUAAUGAAUUCAUUGGAUAUGGCAGUACAUUGCACAGUAGUGUACUCAGAUUAAGAGGUCACAGUCCAAUGUGUACUGUUGAUGAUAUGCUCCUCAGAACCAAGGAAAGAAUAAGGAAUUAGUUUGUAGCUGAAAGGAAAUAUGCCUGUGACUUCAAUGUGUCCUGAAAGAUAUUGUUUUGUUUUAACUUAGUCCAAGUUUAAUAUCUUGGCCUCCUUUCUCUCCCAGUCUCUCUCCCCACUGUGUCCAAUCUGCAGAUAUGCUUCUGAGGGACAGACAAACAGGAUGAUGAUAGCCACCCUGUGCAACCAGAGGUGGCCACUUGAGGUUGUGGCUAUUUUCAGGUCUCUUUAUGGAAGAUCACACUGCAUCAGAGAUUAAAGAUUACACAGAGAUUAGCUUUAUUUGUCACAUAUACAACAAAAUAUUGACACGCAGUGAAAUGCGUUGUUUGCGUCAAUGACCAACACAGUCUGAGAAGUGCUGGGGGAAGCCCGUAAGUGUUGCCAUGCUUCUGGCGCCAACAUAGCAUGACCACAGUUCACUAACCCUAACCCCAUAUGUCUUCGGAAUGUGGGAAGAAACCAGAGCACCCGAAGGAAACCCAUGCGGUCAUGGGUUUAACAUACAAACUCUGCACAUUCAGUGGCGGGAAUUGAAACCUGAUCUUACAUCUGGCACUGAAAAGUGUUACGCUAACCACUAUACGCUCUCGUGCUGCCCACCAAACAUCAAAGUAAUAAUUGGCUCUGAACAUGAUACUGAUAGACGAUCUUAGGCGCUGUAUGGCAAAUACUCUUAUCUUCCAUUAUAACUCCCAUCAUUUUACACAUUUUUGGCAGUCUAUUGGCCUAAUCUCUUAAUCAAAACAGCUGAAGGCCACAAAAUCAGAAACAGAAUCAGGUUUAUAAUCACUGACAUAUGUCACAAAAUUUGUUAUUUUGCAGUGGAAUACAUAAAAUAUACUAUAAAUUGCAAAAAGAAAUUGUAUAUAUACAUAAUUUAUACAUAUAUAUAUAUGUAUAAAUUAUAUAAUAUAAUAUAAAUAAGUAGGACAAAAAGAGAGCAAAAAUAGUGAGGUAGUGUUCAUGGGUUCAUAGUCCAUUCAGAAAUCUGAUGGCUUCCAGAUGUCAUCUAACUUGCUUGAACCUUGCUUGAACAGCUGACAAAUAGAGCAGAGAAGCUGCCUUUAUACAACUGUAUAGCCAGCUUCAUUUUGGCCAGCCUGAAAAGGAUGAUGAAAAAUAGCACUCAUGACAGAAGUGAUGCAGAGCUGGUCAUAUGAAUCUGAGGCUGAGUUUAUGAACCAAUAUGCUGAAAGGAUUUAGUGGACCAUGCAGCAUUAAAACUCUUAUCCAGACACCUGUAUGACCUUGCAGUCCAGGAAGCUGUGACAUGCACACCCUCACCCACUGCCUUGGUUUCAAAAUCACGUUUGGAGAUAUCGAGGAUUGAAAUUAAAAGAAUGCUUUUGCACACAAAGAUGUUGCUGAAAACCAUGGAUCAUGACCUAAUAAGUUUACUAUCUAAGGUCAUGGAAGUGAUCAGGUGCACAGAGCUCGUUCAGGCAAACAAGAAAUGCAGACCUGUAAUGUGGGAUGGUAACUUAGGAAAGAGAAGUCACAGGUGAAGCCAACAGCUUUGAACUUGAGAAGAGAAGCAGUAAGGCAUUACCAUACCUGGAGCUGUUGCUACCUGGUGUUUCACUUGGUAAUCAAGUGUAACACAUUUAACCAAUGAGUUAUGAAGACAGGUUAGAACUAACAAAUAGCAUUGGAAUGGUUUUCCUGCUCGCCUCUUUAGAGCGAAAGCACCAAGAUUGAAACAGCUCUGCUUUUAAAAGAAUUAACCAAACUUGCACCCUUAGAGAGCAAAAACCUUUGGCAUUAGUGGACUCAACUAACACUCCACAAAUGCAGAACAGAAGAUGAGCCUCACUAAUGAAGCUGUAGCCAGCUGCUGGAAUAAUUUGGGAAAAUUCAUCUUUGCUUGUUAGUGUUAAAUACUUGUGAGAUUUACCAACUGUUGGUCCUAAUUGUCUCUUGACAUUCAGUCCCAUUGACUUUAAUGCAUAUAGAUGUGUUUAGUGCUGCUGACUCAAGGUUGAUUUCUCCACUUCAGACUGAUCCCAUUAAAGGGAAUAGAACAAGGUGCUGAGUUCCUUACAUUACAGCAGUGAUUUCCUUUCAAGAUAUAAUUUCAUUAAGAGUAAAUGGUGGUAAUACUUUGCUGGUCAAGGAGCAACUUUUGAGAGGUGGUACUCUUAAAAAAAAGAGUAAGUAAGAAUUUCACAUUGAUGACUUUUCAUCAGCUGUAAAAUGCUUUGGGGCAUUUCCAAAUCAUAAAUGACAUUAUUAUUUAAAUAAAUAUUCCCCCGUUUUAAUUGCUUUCACAUUUAAGAAUUAGUCUGGAUUUCUCCAAUGAGCUCAAACUGCACCAUCUGGAUCUAAUGUGAUCUAAUAUUUCUGUGCUUACUGUAUAGUUUGUAAGGACAUACUAGAAAAUGCAGCAUGAAAAUUUCUCAAUAUUGCACAAACUAUUUAUAAAAGUCAGACAUUGUACCUAACAUUGAGUUGCAACCAUUCCCCUCAGUACCCUGCAACCAAUACUUCGGCCUUACAGUGAAAGAGUCUGUGAUUUUCAAAUUGUAUUUUUCAACCUAUGUAAUACUAAUU